GGUGUAAAGUGCUUGUCGAAUUAAUUGUAAAGUAAAAACUUUUUAUAAUGGUGGAUCGUUUAGUUAAUAGUGAAGCUAAUGCAAGAAGAAUUGCUAUGGUGGAAAACUGCUUUGGGAGUUCGGGACAGCCUUUAGCAGAACAAGGAAGAGUCUUAGUUGGUGAAGGUGUCCUGACAAAAAUGUGCAGAAAAAAGCCUAAAGCCAGACAGUUCUUUUUAUUUAAUGACAUUCUAGUGUAUGGAAAUAUUGUGAUAAACAAAAAGAAAUAUAACAAACAGCAUGUUAUUCCAUUGGAAGAAGUCAAACUGGAGUCACUUAAAGAUGAAGGCCAAUAUCGCAACGGGUGGUUAAUACGCACAGCAUCAAAGUCAUUUGCAGUGUACGCUGCCACUGCGACCGAAAAAGAAGAAUGGAUGGCACACAUAGAAAAAUGUAUUGAAGAUCUUCUAAGGAAGAGUGGCAAGCAGCCGCCUUCAGAGCACGCGGCGGUCUGGGUGCCGGACAACGAGGCGGCCAUUUGCAUGCACUGUAAGAAGACGCAGUUCACCGUCCUCAACAGACGGCAUCACUGUCGCAAGUGCGGAGCCGUGGUCUGCGGGCCUUGCUCGUCGAAGCGCUUCGUGCUGCGCACUCAGAGCGAGAAGCCGCUCCGCGUCUGCCUGCACUGCUACGACCGGCUCACCAGGGACAAGACCAGGACCCCUCGGCCCCUUCCGUCCGUCGCCGCCGCCGCCGCGAAGGCCGCCGGCGACGCGGCGGGUUCCGGCGGAGAGUCCUCGCAGGACGACGACAGCGACGACGAGGACGAGAGACCGGCCGUCGAGGACAAACACGACGAGGGCUUCACGAGCUAUAACGCCGUCAAAAACGGAUUCGGGGCCAGAGUGACGACCGUUUAGCCCAAAGCGACGUUGUCCAAAAUUCUACAGUGACGGCGAAAAGACUGAGGAUACCGAAAACCAUUCGUCCAAGGAUUCGACCGAUUCGACCAAAUGAACGGAACGGACCGACGUCGCCCGCCCGGCCUAUAGGUUAUCGUAGAGUACAUCCGGAGAUGUGUAUAAUGUGUAUCGCGCUUCGGGUUUGGGGGGGGGGGGGGCGCUCGACGGUCGUAGGCGACGCCGCAGACUCGACACAAAAGGCCUUCAAAUGUAUAGGGAAUUAGGAAUAUCAUUAAAUUUUUGAAUUUUUUCGUAAAUACCUCUUUUUAUAUAAAUAUAACCUUAACACUUACAGCUAUUCACGAUCCUUUUGAGACGUCUUCGUUUAUUCCCAUUUUUCCUCUUUCUAGCGAGAGUUCUGGAGUGGUAAACUGAGACGCAGCUCGUGUCGCGAUCGAUACGAAUUAGGUUUAGGCGUGUUAUUGCAAAACAUAUUAUAUUAUCAUAGUUUAUAUUUUGAUACUAAAUUGUUGAAUUUUCCGAAACAUUUAGUUACGUAAGCGGUUUAUGGUGAAAUAUUUAAUUACAAUUCUCCAAAAUAGUACAAAUUUUUCCAAAUCGCGUCUCGGGUAAUCGGAGAUUAGACCUUUUUUAGCCGAAGAUACUAAACUAAAAGCUAACUAAAAGCGAAAUACGAGGAACAUAAACCGAUUAUGUAUUAUAUGUAUAUUAGAAGUUAGCUUAAGGUAGGAUAACUGUAGGUUAAGUUAUUUAUGAUAAUGGUUUAAGGCCUAAUGUUAAAGUUCUGUUUUGUUUUCAAAACGAAACAUUUUAUUAGUUUUGGUUGACAAAUAUACGAGAGUAUUUUUAA